UAGAGUUACAGCAGGCAACACUGGCCAGUAGUUUCAGGAGGAGAGAGAAUCGGGGAUUUGAUUGAGAGGGAGAGGGGAGCAAAGAUUCGUAUCUGAAUCAUGGCUACUGAUACAUCGUCGUGCACGGGCUCGAGUCUUCUGCGGCCGAUCAGUGAUUUCAUCAAUCUCCCUCUUGAUCAGGUGAACUUCGUAGUGUGCCAGCUGUCGGCCCUGCUGAUGGCUCUGUGGUUCCGGCUGUACCUGCACCCCAGUAAGACCAGCCCCUUCGUCAGGCACGUGGUGGCCACCCUCCUGGGCUUCUACCUGGCCCUCUUCUGUUUCGGCUGGUAUGCCUUACAUUUCCUGGUCCAGAGUGGUGUCACCUAUGGCAUCAUGAUCUUCGCGGGUCUGGAGCACAUGCACAAAUACUGUUUUGUAGUCGCCUUUGGAUACCUCACCUUCUGCCAAAUCACACGUGUCUACGUCUUUGACUAUGGCAUGUACUCUGCAGAUUUCACAGGGCCAAUGAUGGUCAUGACACAGAAGAUCACCAGCCUCGGGUUUGAAAUCCACGAUGGCUUGGCGUGUAAAGAGGAGCAACUGUCUCCCAGUCAGAAGAUCCUUGCUGUAAGGAAAAUGCCCAGCUUGCUGGAGUACCUGAGCUACAACUGUAACUUCAUGAGCAUCCUGGCGGGCCCCACCUGCUCCUACAACGACUAUGUGGCCUUCGUGGAGGGCACAGCCUACCAGCCCAAACACCUGGAGUCCAACGGCAAGGAGAAUGGCAAAUACAAACAGAUCGAGCCCUCGCCCAGGGAUGACGUCAUCAGGAAGCUGGGCACGUGCGUGGCCUCGCUGGGCGUCUACCUGGCGCUGCUCAGGCUGUGCCCGGUGGAGCACAUCAUCGAGCCCACCUUCGCCACCACCUCGCCCUUCUACAUCCAGGUCAUCUACCUCUACGCCUCCAUGCUGGCCCUGCGGCCCAAGUACUACUUCAUCUGGACACUUGCUGACGCCAUCAACAAUGCUGCUGGGUUUGGCUUCAACGGCUACAACAAAGACGGCACACCGAGAUGGGAUUUAGUAUCAAACCUGAGAAUAAUGGACAUAGAGUUUGCCACCAGUUUCAAGACGUUCUUGGACAACUGGAACAUUCAGACAGCACUUUGGCUAAAGAGGGUGUGUUAUGAGCGCUGUGUCAUCAACCCCACUGCUGCCACCUUCCUGCUGUCGGCGGUAUGGCACGGCGUCUACCCAGGAUACUACCUCACCUUCCUCACUGGAAUCGCCAUGACAAUGGCAGCCCGCGGAGUGAGGCACAACGUGAGGCCGCACUUCCAGGGCACGGCCACGCACAGGCUGAUUUACGACAUCUUCACGUGGGCGGGCACCCAGAUAGCCAUCUGCUACACCGUGGUGCCCUUCGUGCUGUUGGCCGUGGGGCCCUCCAUCAAGUUCUACAGUUCGUGGUACUUCUGUAUGCACCUGGCCUGUGUGCUGGUGGUGUUGGCCCUGCCAGUGAAGCCCAGGCAUCAGCGCCAGAAAGAGCAGAACCAGAACCAGAACCAGGAGCCGCUGCAGCAGAACAGCGUCCACCACCAGAGCUACCCUGCUCAGGACGCCAACAGCAACAGCAACAGCAGCAGCAGCAUCAUCACCACAGACAACAACUGCAACCAGAAGGAGAAAACGUCAUGAGGAGGCGCGAGGAGCGAGGAGGCCACCUCCAUCCUGCAAGCUCCUUGUCUCUCUCUCUCUCUCUCUCUCUCUCUCUCUCUCUCUCUCUCUCUCUCUCUCUCUCUCUCUCUCUCUCUCUCUCUCUCUCUCUCCCCCGCUCUCUCUCUCUCUGCACAGUCACACACACACACACACACACAUGCACACCCAUGCACAUACGGACUCACACAUGCAUACAGUACAGUACGCCAGUACAGGUUGCAGAGAAGAGAGCUUCUAAUGAACACUACAGAUAUAGUGCAGCUGAGAAUUCUUGACUUGCAACCUGGAUGGACCUCACCGGACAGGACAGACAUUUAACCAACCAAGCCACAACACAAGCUCAAUCGGAUGGUGAUGACUACACCUGUCAGGAAACAGGAACGUGAGAAUGGCAGAGUGUCCCGUUACGUAGCAGUGGCCACCACCUGCGACUGUGUGUGGUUUGGGCUCCUUUAAACAACUAAUCUGUGGACCGGACCUAAGCUAACGCGGUUGUGGUGGCGGCAGGCAGUGUCAAACAAGCUUGCACCAAUUGAGUGGGUGUUUGUGUAUUUGUUUGUGUGUGUGUGUGUUUGUGUGCGUGUGUGUGCGCGUUCGUACAUGUCUAGACAGGAGGAUGCAUAGUUAAAAGAGAAUACACCAAUUUUGAGCAGGGAACGAGAUGGAGAUGAGCGUGGUUAAGAUGAUUUUGAAGUUGCCUUAAACCCUCUAUGUCGUCUUCAUGGUGAGUCUUCUGAGAUGGCUGUAGAUACUAGGCAUCGAUUCCAACCUCUCACCCAGAAGAAAUGGGUGCGUAUUGACUGCUAAGCAAGUCAGCACACAUAGAGGGUUUCUGUAUAUUGUCCCAUGAACAAUGCAACCUCUGUUUUAGACACUCAGAAGUCUACACUGAAAACAGGUUGGUGAUGAAAGGAAAAAAAAAAACAUUUUUCUUGGGAAAAAAAAUAUUCAAUGCCAAUCUCAAACAGGCCUUAGGAAAUUAUCUCUAACGUUUGAUUUUUUUUUUUCAACGGUUGUCUUUUUUACUGUUUUUUUUUUUCUCUUCUAUUCUUCACGUCUGUCCAUAUCAGCUGCUUUCUUUCCUUCUUUCUUUCUUUCUGUCCAGGAGAAGGGGCAUGUGCAUUUACUUUGUGUGCGAGAAGGACGAUUGGUGUUGGUUGCCGAUUAUGGAUGUUGGGUACUAGAAAGGGAGUGUCUUCGGUCUGAUUUUGGGUUUUCUUUUGAUUUUGAAAGAACUUUUAAUUUAAAGGUCCAGUGUGUAAUUUGUUAGUGGUUUGUUUCCAGUAUUUAUGCUGCCCAUUCACAAAUGUCAUAUUGUAUUCUCGUGGAAACGCUACAUGUUUUUUGUAAAUCCGCCAUUUUAAAUUAACAUCCAUAGAUGCACUUUUUUUUAAAUCUUUGACCACAGAACUUACUCUGGGCAGACCAGUAAAUAUUAGUUUAUUUAUUACACAGUAAAAAAAAAUACAUUUGUGAAUGGGCUGCAUACAUUAUGGAAAUAAACGACUAAAAUUAAACAUGGGAACUUAUUGGGUUUAUUUAUAGUGUGAACCACAUCAGUCAUCAUGUUUGGUUUCCUCAGGGUUCUCAAUUCUCCAGUGCUCAAAGAGUCCCGUUUCAGAGGGACAUUACAACAACACACUUAAGUUUUUAUCACAUCACUGAAAUUUAUAUUUUGCUCUCCAGUAGUCUGUAAGGUUUGUACAUUUGUAUUAUCUAUGUUAGGGAAAGAAAUUAAAUAAUUAUUGUGUGUAUUUGGAUAAAACCAAUAUCCCUCUUCAA